AUGUCCAAUCCAAGUCCCGUCGUCAGGACGGCUCCUAUCGCCAUCGCACCAAAGCCUCCCCGCCGCCAGAACUCUUAUCUCCAGGAGGCAUUUACGAACCUUGAACUUUUCCGCGGCGGCAGCAUGCCUGGACGGGAAAUCGCUGAGUCUAUUGGCUCAUACACUACGCGUUCACUCAACCCAUGUGAAUCUUGCCAACGGUCCAGGCUCAAGUGUAUCGUGAGCGAAGACGACGAUAGCUGCAUACCUUGCCUGGCUAGCGGAUCCGAUUGUUCUUUGCUCAACAGCCCCCAGCCAAGGAAACGCAAACUGAACGGUGAUUUUGACGAUAGUGGUAAAAGAAGUUCACCAGCUAGAGUCGAUAUCAGAAGGCGAAGGCAACAUCAGCCCAGCCUCUCCAGCACCACCGGAAGCAGCUCUUUUCUUGAAGAUAUGGCGAAUGUCGGGGGCCCGACUCUGCUCAAGCGGACGCUGGGUCUCCAGAGUGAUCGCUACAGUCAGUAUAUAGGCCCGACGACAGACUUCGAGCCUUCUCUCAUCAACCUCUCACCAUUCAACCCCCAGGAUGAGAGCCUCCUGGCACGCGGCACUUUGCGCAAGGUCAGUGACGAUGAAACGUUCCUGCUGCUACCAGAUUCCAACACGCCCGGCCACGAGCAUAUUCUCGAGGAUAUCGAGGAGAUCGAGGGUCUCGUGCGGCCACAUGGUCGCAAAUUGGUAGAUUUGUAUUUCCGCAUCGUUCACCCUGCCUUCCCGAUUAUUCAGAAGACGGUCUUUUUGGAAAAGUACGAGCGCAGUUACCGCGAAUUUUCGCCUUGUUUACUUGCCGCUGUUUACUUAUUCGCCAUCAACUGGUGGGAACACGAUGAAGAGCUCGCGCAACUGCCUCGACCAAACAUCCCCAACCUCGAACGGAUGAUUCGGACAACUCUCGCCGAUGCAAUGUACCGCCCGAAACUGUCUACGAUCCAGGCUGGUCUUCUUCUCUCCCAGCGACCCGAGGGCGAUCAGUGGGCUCCGACUGCCCAGCUCGUCGCCACCGCCCAGGAGCUUGGCCUUCAUCUCGACUGUACGCAUUGGAAGAUACCCCCUUGGGAGAAGGGUUUGCGGAAACGCCUCGCCUGGGCCUUAUAUAUGCAGGACAAAUGGGGUUCCCUUGUUCAUGGGCGUCCCUCGCACAUUUUCUCCACCAACUGGGGGGUUCAGCCGCUCACAGAUCACGACUUUCCCGACGUCGAGUGGGACGAGAAUGACGUUGAGGAGAAGUUAGAUAUCGAGCGCGGUCGCACACUCUUUGGUCAGAUGGUGCAACUUUCGCAAAUUCUGGCCGAGAUUCUCGAUACGUUUUACUCACUGCAAGCCAUGCAAAACGUCACCAACGCGGGGGGCCAAGGUACGCAUCUGGUUCUGGGCAUGGCGAAGCCCAUACAACUGAAGCUUAAGGAGUGGUACGCCAAUUUGCCAGCGGCUAUUCGUAUGGACAGCACAUAUUCGUCGAGCUCUGCCCCAUCGAGUCGUCUGUCAAGCAUUGGAUAUCUCCAUCUUGCCUACUUCGCCGCUGAAAUAACACUUCAUCGUCGUAUUAUUCGAUCGCUCGAAGCCACCGGGUCGGCUGUCGAUUCCUACGUUCAGCAUAUUUGCCGAAGCGCGGCAAAAGCCCGCCUCAUUUCCGCCAUGGACUUUGUCAACCGCCUAAACACUUCCCACCUUCGCUCGUUCUGGUACUUUGCGUCGAAGACAAACUUUGCCCUGAUCGGAACAUUUGGUUCCCUUCUCUGGGCGACAUCUCCUGGAAGGGAGGAAGCCGAUUGGUAUCGCAGGCGUUUGGCUGAAUAUCGCUGGACAUUGUCGGUGAGCUCGAAGCCUGGAGAAGGUAAAGGCCUUACUAUGUUUGCUAUGACGAUGCUCGAUAUUUCGACCGGCCUCCUCAAGAAACUUCCCGAGAAACCUUCAAUGAGCCGUAGUGGAAGCGUGGUAGAUGUUGGGCUGGGCAGCAUCAGCAGCAGUUUUGCUAACAAUGGCUUGCUUUCGCUUGGGCAAAGCGCGCCGGCCACUAUCAGCCUAGGAGGUUUCAGCGGGCUGCCCAGCGCCGAUGUGAGCAAUGUUCAGAGCCCACUAAGUGUGGACAGCAGCGAUGACGAGAUGUACGAGACAUUCGCCCCGACGUCAGGCAUGGCAGGCUUGGCCGAAUAA